UGAAGUGUGGAGUGCAGGUGUAACAAACAAAAAAAUCAACUUUUUAUAUAUUACGAUAAAGAGGAUAAAGACGUUAAGGAUCUAAGAUGAAAUCGUUUAUCGCUAUUUCCGUUUGUGCGCUGUUUGCCGUAGCAGCCUAUGCUGACGACAUGCCAAUGCCAAUGCCAACAAUGAUAGUUGGUGCCUCUUAUGGUGGCGGCUCAUCUAAAUCUGGAGGUUCAUCUUAUGGUGGUGGCUCAUCCUAUGGCGGUGGUUCAUCUAACAGUGUUUCUAUACCUGCACCUCCAUGCCCCAAGAACUACAUUAUUAGCUGUCAACCCAGUUUGGCUUCUGCACCUUGCUCACCACAAUCAUCCGGCGGUUAUGGUGGUUCAUCUGGCGGUUCGCAUCGUGGUUCGAGUGGCGGUUAUGGUGGUUCAUCUGGUGGCUCAUCUGGCGGUUAUGGUGGUUCAUCCGGUGGCUAUGUUGGUGCUCCACGUGGUGGUUAUGGUGGCUCAUCCGGUGGUGAAUCCGAAGAUUCUGCUGGUGGAAAAUCAGGUGGAUAUGGUGGUUCGUCUGGUGGCUCAUCCGGUGGUUCAUCUGGUGGUUCCUCCGGUGGUUAUGGCGGUGGUUCAGCUGGUGGCUACUCACAUAAUUAUCCAGUUUACGCUUUCCCUGUUCCACAAAUUCUUGGAUUACAAGGAUAUUAUGGUUACUAAUUACGCCACUGAAAAUGAAUAGGAUUUAGGCAAAAUUAUAAUAUAGAUUUGAUAUGAUAUAGAUUGAAUAUUAAUAUUAAU